AUAGCGAAGGGUACCUCCAGUUUCGGAAAGCGCCACAACAAGACGCACACGCUCUGCAGGCGUUGCGGUCGCCGAUCCCUUCACAUCCAGAAGCACACCUGCGCCUCAUGCGGCUACCCUGCUGCUAAGACCCGCAAGUUCAACUGGGGCGAGAAGGCCAAGCGAAGGAAGACCACCGGUACCGGCCGCAUGCGAUACCUCAAGACCGUCAACCGCAAGUUCAGCAACGGAUUCCAAACCGGUACCCCCAAGGGCGCCAAGGGCCCCACCGUCAACUCCUCGUAA